UAGAACAGCAGAUUAUCUGUUUUGAAGAAUGUCAGCUUACACUAUGAUAAUUACAUGCAAUGCUGUGUUACUGUUUCUCAGCACAAGUCUUCUGUCUAGUGAAGGUGAAAAAGGUGUUCACAGUGUUGUCCUGCAGGUUGGAUCAAGUGUUAACGCUACCUGCAACAUUCAUCCCAAUGACAUUUACGGUGCAGACCAGGUUUUCUGGACCUUGAACCAUGAAAAGGUGCAUUCUGAUACCUAUUAUGCUGUGAACAGAUCAGCGGUCAAAGUAUAUCUCACAUUUGUCACAGAAGGCAAUUAUAGCCUCUGUUGCCAUGGACCUGAAGGGAACAUCCUCGAAGAGACAACCAUCAAAGUUGGAAUUUCACCACAGCCUCCAACCAAUCUGAGCUGCAGAGGGAAAUUUGGUACAGGCAUGAUCUGCAAAUGGAAGCCAGCGAGCUCUUCUUCUGCUACAAAAUAUGUUCUUAAGUAUCAAACAGUGCCAUUGGUAACUGUUGGUUGUAAGGAUUAUGUUACUGGAGGUAACAAUGCGUGCUUUUUCAAGCACUUCCACUAUUUCUUUACCUACACAAUCUGGGUCGAAGCACACAAUAAAUUUGGUACAGCUAUUUCUAAAAAGAUCAAAGUUUUACCAGCUGAAAUUGCUGUAACUGAUCCACCGUGUAAUAUCCAUGUUGGUGGAGAACCUUCAUUUUCUGACCAGCUGAACGUAAACUGGGGAUACCCCAAAACAACUCCUUAUUUGUUUCCACUGAUGUUUGAGUUAAAAUACAGAAGGGAUGAUAGUAGAGAAUGGAUGAUAGAAAAUGAUAUUGGAAUGCAGACAACUUAUGAUCUUUAUGAUCUGAAACCAGACACAGUUUACUGUGUAUCCAUCCGGUGCAAAUGGGCUAACGGGAAAGGCAUAUGGAGUAAAUGGAGUGAAGAUAUUUGUGCAAGAACUGUUCAAGGGUGAAGUGAAGCUCUGAAGUUACCAGCUAUGAAUAUCCUCUUUGGUUAAUGCCUUUUGAUUAGAAGAAAUACACCAUGAACUGCAUUUUUUUUCAACUAUACUGAGUAUGAAACCAAACACAGGAAGAUUUCUGUUAACGAUUUAUUUCAUCAAAAGUAAAAAUAAUAAAUUUUACUGGUGAGAACGUUGCAUUCUCUUACACCUAUACCUCUAGCAAGAAAGGAGAUGCUGUUAGCACUAUUACCUGACAUUUAUCUGCUCUGUUUUGCUUUGGUGAAGGAGAGGCUUAAUCUGUGUUUAUGUGAGACAUUUUAUUGGAGAUCCUCAUAUUCGUUUCCUAUUGCUGUCAGUGGUAAGGAUCGUCCGCAGAUGGUGAUGAGUAGUCAAGUACAACACGUUUCUGUGAAGGUGAAAACGUUUGCACAGGCUUCCUUUUACUACUAAUUGCUCUGGUAAAAUUGUACAAUUUCAUGCAGAUAAUGAUUGCCAGUUACAGAUCUAGAAAAGCACAAAGACAGUUCUCAUGGUCUGUAAAUGAAAAAAAUAGCAUCUUCUUAUGUUAUUAAAUCUACGUGCUAGAAAACAGAAGCUUUUUGCAAUAAUGCCAUUACUUCCUCCUACCUACCUAAUGUAAGCCACUCAGAAGUUACAAAACACCUUCAGUGUUAAGAAAGUCUCUAUUGCCUUGCCACCCUGAACUCCCAUUGCAGUGUAAUGGUGCAGAAUAAGGAUAUCUAGACAGUUAUGUCCCCUCUUCAUGUAACAUGAAUACUAACAAACUACAUUUUCCACCUAUUCAUUAAUCAGAUAUUAACAUGCAUUUUUCUGAAGAAUACAUAUAUGUCUAAUAGUCUAAGUUUACAAGGAUUUUAUGAAGAUACAAGUACUGGACAAAACCCCUUAUCCUGUGUAACUGAUGUGUAUCCAAGAAUCUAUGUUAUUUUUUGGUCCACUCACAUCCUUUGUGUUUGUUUAUUUAUUUAUUUAUUUAAUUUCCUUUAUUUUUCCUAAUAUCUUUACUAGUUGUAAUCUUCAAUGUUUUUCACAAAAAUUAGAUUGUCUUGAGACAUAGGGCAGCAAUCAUUCGGAAGUAAAAUCAGCUGCAUCUGAGAGGCGUGCAUGAGAUGUAUCUACUAUUAUGAAAC